AUGGUUGAUAAUAUUAUCAGUGACGAGUGGUCGGUCGCUGCAGCUACCGGUGCUGAGUCGCCGGUCUUCCCCGCUGCCGGUGAUGAGUCGCCGGUCUUCCCCGCUGCCGGAGAUGAGUCGCUGGUCUCCGUUCCAGUCGGCGAACACCCCACUAUUGCUACUGUUGGUGAUGAACACAAAGCAUCUCUUUGUCAGAAUAUUACUUCAAACAAAACCCUAACUGAACCUUCUUCAUCAUGUCCGUUAAAUUUCGACGUUCUCUACGAUCUUGCCAUGGAGGCUCCUCCACGGCUAGCCCUCGUCGACGUGCCGAGUCAAUGUCAGUACAUGCAGAAAGGAAUUCUGUUUGUCCGAUCAGAAUAUCUCAGAAUUCACCGAUCUUUUGUUCCUCCGGUCGAUACGAGUCAUUCUUGCUGGGAGUUAUAUCGCAGUUUAGUCGCAGAGUUUCUGCACAAUUUCGAUGUUCAGGCAACUUGUGGGUAUCAUCCUGAAUGGGUUUCGGAGACUUUCAGGAAUAUUACGAGACGGGAGGAGUUCGAGAAAUUAUUUCCUGUGUCGGAAAUGAAUGAAAUGAGGGUUUCUUGUAAUAAAUCUUUGGGGAUUGAGUCUGUUUGUCAAUCUUGUAUUCAUAAACUGUUUAUUCUUGAGAAGAAUUACCUUAAGAAUCGGAAAUUUGAUAAUGUUUCAGAUCCUGCAGAUUAUCUGUUUAUGUAUGCAGCUGCUUUUAGCAGUGAACUCGGGCCGAGUGAUCCGGCAAUUGCGAAAUGCUUGUUUACGCUCGAGUUUUCGAGUCCGGUCCCCUCCGAUAAGAAGCAUAAGCCUGUAGUUUCUGGUGUUAUCUUAGGUUGCAUAAUUGGUGUGUUAGGAGCUUCUGUUUCUGUUUGGUUGUUUUGGGUUCUGCAUAAGAAAUUUGGGAGACAAAAGAAGAAUUUUCCUGCUCUUAAGGAUGAGACUAGUUGGGAUUUUGGAUUCGGACUGCACAGAAGGAGUGCUAGUCUAGUGAAAUUCAGAAUUGAUGAAAUCAGAACCGCGACGAUGAAUUUCUCCCGGAAUUUUAUAAUCGGAAAAGGCGGAUUUGGCAAUGUUUACAAGGGGGUUUUGCCGGACGGCUCAGAAGUUGCGUUUAAACGAUUUAAAAACUGUUCUGCUUCAGGAGAUGCAACUUUUGCACAUGAGGUUAAAAUAAUUGCAAGUGUCAGGCAUGUCAAUCUUGUCGCAUUACGAGGCUAUUGUACCGCAACAGUUAACUUGGAAGGUCAUCAACGAAUUAUUGUCUGCGAUUUAAUGCGUAACGGAAGCCUUUAUGAUCAUUUGUUCGGAUCACCAGGAAAGCUCAGCUGGCCAAUUCGUCGAAAGAUAGCUCUCGGAACAGCUCGAGGAUUGGCUUAUUUACAUUACGGAAUCCAUCCUGCAAUCAUUCACCGAGAUAUAAAAGCGAGUAACAUUCUUCUCGACGAAACAUUCGAGCCAAAAGUAGCGGAUUUCGGCCUGGCGAAGUUUAAUUCACAAGGAAUGACACAUUUGAGCACCAGGGUAGCAGGAACUCUCGGAUAUGUUGCUCCAGAAUACGCGUUAUAUGGAAAAUUAACUGAAAAAAGCGACGUUUACAGCUUCGGAGUCGUACUUCUCGAGCUUCUGAGCGGAAAAAAAGCAUAUGAAAACGACGGGGAGGAAGUUUCUUUAUUGACAGAUCGGGUUUGGUCGCUAGUGAAAGAAGGAAGAGCAAUAGAUGUUAUUGAAAAUGAUAUGCUAGAAAUGGAAUCUCCAGAAAUGAUGGAGCAAUAUGUUCAUAUAGCUGUGAUUUGUGCUCAUCCGUUACUACAGGCUAGGCCGACAAUGUAUCAGAUUGUGAAGAUUUUGGAAACAAAUCUGCAGCUAGUUCCCUCAACUCUGGGAGAUUAUUUCACUUCAGGUUACAUGUCGGGUUCUUCGAUCACAAGCGAUGAACAGAAUUCGGAUAGAAACACAGAGGAAAGCUUAAAAGUGACAAUUGUUUGA